AGAUAAUCUUCCACUUUCUCUCUCUCCCUCACGCUCUGUAUAAUGUAUAUAUACCCUGCAUCCAUGGCCUUCUUUAAUCCAUCAAUUAUUGUCUAAGAUUUUGUUUUGUUUUGUGCGUGUAAUAACGGAAACCAAUAUGAUGGUGUUCAGGCUUUCUCUAGCAAUUGUUUGUGUCGUAAGCUUGGCCAUAUUCCAUGUCUCCCUUGCCCAGAACUCCCCACAAAACUACCUCAAUGCUCACAAAGCGGCUCGUGCACGCGUUGGUGUCGGGCCAAUGAGAUGGGAUGCGAAAGUAGCUUCUUAUGCGCAGAACUACGUUAACAAACUCAAAGGCAGCUGCAAGCUUGUGCAUUCGGGAGGGCCUUAUGGCGAGAACCUUGCAUGGGGCAGUGCUGACCUUUCGGGCACAGCUGCUGUGAACAUGUGGGUGGCAGAGAAGCCAAAGUAUGAUUACAACUCCAACUCCUGUGUCGGUGGGGAGUGCCGCCACUACACUCAGGUGGUUUGGAGAAACUCCGUGCGCUUGGGGUGUGCUAAAGUGCGAUGCAACAACGGGGGCACCAUUAUCAGUUGCAAUUAUGACCCCCCAGGCAACUAUGUCAAUCAGCGUCCCUAUCUAAGAGUUCUUCAACAACCUCUGGGCAUUUUUGACGUUUAGAUCAGUGCUAGCUGCUGCAUGUUAAAAUUCUAAAACGCACUCUGAUGAUCAACUAAUUAAUUGCGAGCUAGGUGCUGUUCGGUUUAUCUCGAUCUGCUAGCUGAACGGCCUGAUGUGUUUACGAUUCCGAAAUGUUGUAAUUUCUGUCAUGUAGCUAGCACCUGGUUACUCGUGCAUGCGCUGGCUACCAAGCUAGCUUUGUCAUCAUGUCCGGUGUUGCUUUAUAUAAAUAUAGAGAACUGUUACACAGCA